AUGGCAGACCCAAAACAGGAGAAUGUCACUUCUAUCAAACAGCUCAUCCUCUUGGGAUUUGGGGACCUCACUGAACUGCAGCCCCUUCUCUUCCUGCUAUUUCUAUUGAUCUACAUGGCGACCAUGGCUGGGAACCUUCUCAUUGUAUUAUUAGUUGUAGCCGAUCGGCACCUUCACACCCCCAUGUACUUCUUCCUGGAGAACUUGUCCUGCUUGGAGAGCUGCUACAGCUCCACCAUCCUGCCUAGAAUGCUAGCCAGUCUCCUGACAGGGAACAGGACCAUCUCUGUCAGUGGCUGUAUUGCCCAAUUUUAUUUCUUUGGUUUCCUACUGACUGUGGAGUGUUAUCUCCUAUCUGCGAUGUCUUAUGAUCGUUACUUGGCCAUAUGUAAACCACUCAAUUAUGCAUCCAUCAUGAAUAAUGUCAUUUGCAGACAACUAGCUGCUGGAUCUUGGAUAACCGGCAUCUUAGUUAGUGCCAUCAUCAUAUUUUUCAUGUCACAAUUAACAUUCUGUGGGCCGAGUGUCAUCGACCAUUUCUUUUGCGAUUUCACCCCCAUGAUAAAACUGUCCUGCAGCGACACCCACCUGAUGGAACUCAUCACAUUCAUGCUGACAUUUAUCACCACCUUGCCCCCGUUUCUGCUAACCCUGGCAUCGUACGUGUGCAUUAUCUCCACCAUCCUGGGAAUCCCUUCCACCAAUGGGAGGCAAAAGGCCUUUUCCACCUGCUCCUCCCACCUCAUGGUGGUGACACUUUUCUACGGGGCCAUAAUGAUUGUGUACAUGCUCCCCAAAACCGGCACCCUGCGAGCGCUGAACAAAGUGUUCUCUCUCUUGUACACGGUCCUGACGCCCCUGGUCAACCCGCUCAUCUACAGCCUGAGAAACAAAGAUGUGAAGGAGGCCCUGAGAAAAGCUGUCCAAAGAUGCUUGCCUUGCCCAAGAAUGUAG